CAAACAGGAGGUGGGAAGAAAGAGCAGGUCAACGUGAUGGAGAAGCAGAUGGAGGUAGAAACCGGCCCUGGUCUUCCUUAGACUUCUGGGGGAGACUGAGGCAGAGACAAUGAUCACGUAUCUGUGACCCAAGCAGCAGAUGCAGGCAUCCUGAACCCAAUCCCCCCACCCAGAGCACCCAGUGCCCCCCAGCUCAGCAGUAUCUCCAAGGCAGGAGGAGAGGACACUUCAAAAACAGCCCUUCCAGUUGCCUUUCCCGGGAAUGGAGAGCCAGGGCAGUGCUGGUGGAGAUUGAAUCUAGUGAUUACUUUAAGGGAUUUGCUGUCUCUUUCUUUAUCCUUCUCUCUUUUUUUUUUUCUUUCUUUUUUUUUUUCUUUUCCCCCCCUUUUCCCUCCCUCUUAUCCCUUUCGUGGUGCAUUUGUCUUCGAGGAACCUGGGGUGUUCUUUUCAUCAGUUCAAUCUCUCUCUGGCACUUGAGUCCUGAUUGGCUGAAGGACUUAGAGGAAAAAAAAAUCUUUAAUUAAGUAGAUAAUCUCUUCUUAGGAAGUUCUGCGGCUCCAUUUCACCAGCCCCCUUUAGCUCUUACUUUAGGAUUGGUUAUCCUUUGCAGAAGGUGGGAUUCAGGAGCCACCCGCUUCUUCAUCACCACACCAGCACUGCCGGGUGGAAAAUAACUCCAUCCCUUCCCUAAAUUAGUUGUGUUACUUCUUUUCUUUUAUUUAUUUUUUUUUUAAUUUUAUUUUCUCUGGUGGUGGUACCCAAGUUUGGGGUUUGUUUUUUAGGAUCUCCUUUCACCCUGUUUAUUUGGAUUUUAUAUUUCACAUGGACCCUUAUCUGGGCAUCUUCUUCCUCACUCCAUUCUUCCAGUUCUGCUAUGCCUGGUCAGUGAAUAAUUUCCUGAUGACGGGCCCCAAGGCCUAUCUCAUCUACUCCAGCAGCGUGGCAGCUGGGGCACAGAGCGGCAUCGAGGAGUGCAAGUUCCAGUUCGCCUGGGACCGCUGGAACUGCCCGGAGAGGGCACUGCAGCUCUCCAGCCAUGGUGGGCUGCGCAGUGCAAACCGAGAAACAGCCUUUGUCCAUGCCAUCAGCUCUGCGGGCGUCAUGUACACACUGACCCGGAACUGCAGCCUGGGGGAUUUUGACAACUGUGGCUGUGACGACUCCCGCAAUGGACAGCUGGGGGGACAAGGCUGGCUGUGGGGAGGCUGCAGUGAUAACGUGGGCUUUGGGGAAGCUAUUUCCAAGCAGUUUGUGGAUGCCCUGGAGACUGGACAAGAUGCCAGAGCUGCUAUGAACCUGCAUAACAACGAGGCAGGUAGAAAGGCAGUGAAAGGGACCAUGAAGCGGACUUGCAAAUGCCAUGGUGUGUCGGGGAGCUGCACCACCCAGACCUGCUGGCUGCAGUUGCCCGAGUUUCGGGAGGUGGGCACUUACCUCAAGGAGAGGUACCACAAAGCCCUGAAGGUGGAUUUGCUGCAGGGAGCAGGGAACAGCGCUGCCAGCCGGGGUGCCAUUGCUGAGACCUUCAGUUCCAUCUCCAAGAAGGAACUGGUCCAUUUGGAAGACUCUCCUGACUACUGCCUGGAGAACAAGACACUGGGGCUGCUGGGCACAGAGGGCAGGGAGUGCCUGAAGAGGGGCAAGGCGCUCAGCAAGUGGGAGAAGCGGAGCUGCCGGCGGCUGUGCGGGGACUGCGGGCUGGCGGUGGAGGAAAGGAGAGCCGAGAUGGUGUCCAGCUGCAACUGCAAGUUCCACUGGUGCUGUGCUGUGCGCUGCGAGCAGUGCCGCAAACGGGUCACCAAGUACUUCUGUGUGCGCAAGGAGAAGCGGGAGCGGAGCGGGGGUGGCAGAGCCAGUCGCAAGCUCAAGAGAAAGCUCUAA